UGACAUGAUCCUACACCUCCAGCAUGUAGCAGAUACAGAGCAGGUCCUAGUGGGGCAGUCACUGCUGUUGUGUUGUGUGUGACUCUUUGACCCCUCCCUUCUUCCUCCAUGUGACUGAUCACAUGACGGUGACAUCAUCGCAGGUCCUGUAAGUACACGGCUCCUCUACAGAUACAGGUUUCUCCAAUCCAGGAUCCUCUGCUGAUAUCUUCUAUAUAAGAGAAUUCUCCUGGAUGACCCAUCAACCAUGGAGAGAGACAGGAACAAGAUGGCCGACAGGAUCAUAAACCUCACCCUACAGAUACUCUUCCGGCUUACUGGAGAGGAUUACACAGUAGUGAAGAAGUCCUCUAGUGGGCGCUGUCGGGCCCCUGAGUGUGAAGGAUGGGGAAGAACCCUGAGCCCAAUCCCAGGGCCCCCACCUCACUCCCUGAUACAUGAGGAAAUGGACGAACAGAAGAUCCGAGAACUCAUCAACAAGAUGAUGGAGCUGCUGACUGGAGAGGUUCCUAUAAGGUGUCAGGAUGUGGCGGUCUAUUUCUCCAUGGAGGAGUGGGAGUAUGUAGAAGGACACAAGGAUCAGUACAAGGAUCAGGUGAUGAUGGAGGAUCAGCAGCCCCUCACAUCACCAGUCAGAUCCAGUAAGAGAACAGCACCAGAGAGGUGUCCCCGUCCUCUUUAUGAGCAGAAUAUGGAGGACAUUACUACAGGGAAAGAUCUGAUCUAUAUUAAUGUUACAGACAUAAAGGAAGAAGAAGAGACAGAUGUGAGCAAUGAUGAGCAGUAUAAGGAGGACAUUCCUACAUGUGAACGCCCAGAUUCUUGUAGCAGGAGAUCAGAGGAGAAUCUUAUAUCUUCAGAUUAUAAAGCAGAUGAUGAUAUCACACAAGAUACAUAUGAAGAACAUUCCAUUAUCCCAGAUACACCCUCAGCCCUUCACAGCCAAGAUCUGUCAUCUCAUCCUUAUAUACAGGUCCUGUCUUCUCAUUCAUCACAGGAUGUUAUGCAAAAUAAAAGUAAUAGUAUAAGUGUUGAGUACCAAAAAUCUCCCACAGGGGAGAAGCUAUUUCCAUGUUCAGAAUGUGGGAAAUGUUUUACUCAGGAUUCAAAUGUUUUCCAACUUCAAAAAACGUACACAGGGGAGAAGCUUUCAUCAUGCUCAGAAUGUGGACGUUGUUUUUUCAAGAAAUCGAGUCUUGUUCUGCAUCAGGGAAUUCACAUAGGUGAGAAGCUAUUUUCAUAUUCAGAAUGUGGAAAAUGUUUAAAUAGAAAAUUACUUCUUGUUCAACAGCAGAGAAUUCACGAAGGGGAGAAGCCAUUUUCAUGUUCAGAAUGUGGGCAUUGUUUUACCAAGAAGUCAAGACUUGUUGAACAUCUUAAAACUCACAUUGGACAGAAGCCGUUUUCAUGUUCAGAAUGUGGAAAAUGUUUUACUAUGAAGUCAAAUCUUGUUCAACAUUGGAAAACCCACACUGGGGAGAAGUUAUUUUCAUGUUCAGAAUGUGGAAAAUGUUUUACUCGGAAAUCGGAUGUUGUUAUUCAUCGACGAACUCACACAGGGGAGAAGCCAUUUUCUUGUUCAGAAUGUGGGAAAUGUUUUACUAUCAAGUCAAAUCUUGUUCAACAUAGGAGAACCCACACUGGGGAGAAGCGAUUUACAUGUUCAGAAUGUGGAAAAUGUCUUACUCGGAAAUCGGAUCUUGUGAAGCAUCAAAGAACUCACACAGGGGAGAAGCCCUUUUCAUGUUCAGAAUGUGGAAAAUGUUUUACUGAGAGAUCAGUUCUUCUAAAACACCAAAUAGUUCACACAGGAGAGAGGCCAUUUUCAUGUUCAGAAUGAGACAAAUGUUUCACUCAGAAAUCACAUCUUGUUCAACAUGAGAGAAGUCACAUAGGAGAGAAGCCGUUUCAUGCUUAGAAUGUGGGAAAUGUUUUACUCAAAUGUUAAGAAUUCACUCAUUAGAUAUUGAAAGGUUAAAGGACAUGUUGUCUUUUAUCUUUUUCUUAAUUGUGUUUGUGUUAACAUAAUUGGCAUGUUAAAAUAAUAGUAUGUUUGUGUGAUCUGUUCUAUUAAUUAUUAAUAAUAAAAGCAUUAGUUAGUGGGGGCACUAAGAGGACAUUGAGAUGGUGGCACAAUUUCUGUGUAAAGGAAACUAAGUCCUGAGUAUGGGCACACUAUUCCUGUUGGUGGGAAUAAAGGGGUUAUCCACUAUAUAAGUUAAUUUUAGUACUUACCUGCCAGACAGUAAUGGACAUCCUUAGGAAGGAUCUGUGCUUGUCUUAGGUCUAAAGGGCUACGUUGUAAGAUUACCAUAACGCUCUGGCUAUCUUUUUGUGAACUGGCUAUUUUCUGUUUGAGUUCAUUCUCUCAAACUACAUGUCCUAUAAUUCCUUGUUUGUAAGUGUGAGGUCACUUUUCUUCCUGCCACAAAUCAGCCACCCCACCCAUUGAAACACACCUAUGAUCCCUUCCAAUAGACCAGUGUUUUCUGACCAGGGUGUCUGGGUUUCCCUCCCACCCAGUGGUUGCUCCACCCAUUGAAGCACAGACAGGCUCCCUCUGAACACCUUACUAGUGAUGUAAUGUCUCGGGCUGCACUGCAACCUGGGAAAACCUGAGAUGACACUCAUUUUGUAUGCUAUUACAAAUGAACAUUGGGGCCAAAAUCACAGAAGAAUUACGAGACCACCAUUAAACACUGGUACUGAAACUAUAUUAUGACGUACACUAACUUAAUAGCCCCUGUAGCACAGUCAAAUAAAAAAAUCCUGGAAUACCCCUUUAAGGGGGCUCCAUCACUGUGAAGAGGCACAGAGGGCACUAGUACUGUGAAAGGAUAUAAGGAGACACAAAUUUUGUGUGGGGCAUUUGUUGUACUAUUCAGCCCUGAUGUAAUUUCAACUUUCUGGCUCAUUCCUCCACAUUAUUAUCCUAGAGCCAGAAGCCUGAUACUAACCAUAACAUCCACAGUGCACAAAUCCUGCUGGGGCUAUACAAGGAUCCUCAGGAAAGAAAUGAUAAUUCCCAGCCUGUGUGUGUAGGCUGAUCAUAGGGGGACCUUCCUAAGCUUAAUUAUGUACCACAAAGCCCAGCAUACUUUUGUCAAGGCUCAUCAAGAAAAAAAAAAACUGAGCAAAGCUGUGCUGUGGCAGACCUGUAUAAUAGCAAUAUCAAUACAUACAGAAAACCAUAAACACAGCAUAGCGCCUUUACUCACAUCUUCAGGGAUUAAGCACAAAUAAUCUACCUACAGGUUGUAACAUAGCAGUGAAAUAAAAAGCGUGUGCAAAUAAAAUGCAUUAGUAUGAUAAACACUGUACAUUUAUUUUCCUGAAUCAAUUAAACACAUGUAUCUUCCUAGUUGUU